ACCACAGUCAGUGGGAACUGUACAGAGAUGUGAUGUUAGAGACCUAUGAACACCUCGUCUUCUUGGGUCUUGUUGUGUCAAAGCCAGACCUGGUCAUCUUUUUGGAACAAAAGAGGGAGCUAUGGGAUGUGAAGAGAAAGGAGACAGUAGCCUCAUACCCAGGUUCUAAAGGUUACGUUUGUAAGGAGUGUGGCAAAGCCUUCAACAGGCUCUCAGCACUCAUUCAACAUCAGCGAGUGCACACUGGAGAGAAACCUUAUGAAUGUGAAGAAGGUGGUAAAACCUUUAAUGAUGCCUCAUCAGUAAAUGUACGUAGACUAAUCCGUACAGGAGAGAAACCUUACACACAUGAAGAAUGUGGGAUGGACUUUCCCCAACACUCACCUCUUACCGAACAUCACAGAACCCAUAAGGCUGAGAAACCUUACCAAUGUACGGAAUGUGGCAAGGCCUUUACUAACCAGUCAGGCCUUAACAAACAUCACCGGAUCCAUACUGGAGAGAAACCUUACCAAUGUAUGGAAUGUGGCAAGUUCUUUAAAUGGCUCUCAGAUUUUAAUGCACAUCACCGAAUCCAUACUGGAGAGAAGCCUUACCAAUGUAACAAAUGUGGCAAGUCCUUUACUCACCACUCAAACCUUACCAAACAUCACCGAAUCCAUACUGGAGAGAAACCUUACCAAUGUAAGGAAUGUGGCAAGUUUUUUAAAUGUCUCUCAGCCCUUAAGGUACAUCACCGAAUCCAUACUGGAGAGAAGCCUUACCAAUGUGAAAAAUGUGGCCAGUUCUUUACCCAGUCCUCACAGCUUAAUGUACAUCACCGAAUCCAUACUGGAGAGAAACCUUACCAAUGUAACGAAUGUGGCAAAUCCUUUACUCGCCAGUCUGACCUUAACAAACAUCACAAAAUCCAUACUGGAGAGAAGCCUUACCAAUGUAACGAAUGUGGCAAAUCCUUUACUCGCCAGUCAGACCUUAACAAACAUCACAAAAUCCAUACUGGAGAGAAACCUUACCAAUGUGAAGAUUGUGGAAAGGCCUUUAACCGGCCCUUUUCCCUAAAUCUACAUCGCCGAAUCCAUACUGGAGAGAAACCUUACCAAUGCGAAGAAUGUGGCAAGUUCUUUACCUGGUCCUCACAGCUUAAUGCACAUCACCGAGUCCAUACUGGAGAGAAACUUUACCAAUGUAAGGAAUGUGGCAUGUCCUUUACUCACCAGUCAGGCCUUACCACACAUCACCAAAUCCAUACUAGAGAGAAACCCUACCAAUGUAACGAUUGUGGCAAGACCUUUACCAAGCAUGCACACUUUAUUGGACAUAUAAGAAUCCAUUCUGGAGAGAAACGUUAG